AUGGAUGAGAAGGCGGCUGCGCGGAUCGCCAAGGCUCGCGGAAAGACCGACCCGUUCUCAAAGCGUGCAGAUAUGGCUGCUCGGAACAACAAGGAACAGAAAGGCGACGGCCCCGACGGGUCCUCUGGAAAGAGCGACACAGGCCAAAAGAAAGGCGAUGGCGGCCAGGAGAAGUGA